AUGUUCCGGGCACGCAGUAACACCGUAGGAAACGGCUCCUCGACAUACGGGCCGCCACUUGAGCCUCUGGAGCCGCCACGACUGUCGCGACAGCGGUCUCUGCAGCUCAAACACAGCGACUCCAUUCCCUCCUUGUCCAAGGCUUUCCACAAACACACCCCAAGUGUGGUUGGAGGCACAGCGACGCCACCUAGAUCACCUGUGGCAAACGAAAUGGAGUUCCGACCCUUCGACAUGAAGGCUGCAGAGAUGCGGUCGCCAGCGGACUCAAUCCGAUCGAUUGACUCUCUGCGGUCCUCAGGCGAGUUCAAACCCUCUCCCGGUAUCCCACCUCCCUCACACAGAAGUAUGCUUCUUCACAACAUACCCCCUGCCGUUAGUCACCCGCCCCGUCUAACCCCUCGCUCGCAUCCCAACUCGGUGUCCUCCACGCCACAACUGCAGCCGUCGCCCAAGUUUCUCAGGGAUACAAACAAGGCUGACACUGUACCUAUCGUGCCCACUUACAAUACUGCUCCGCAGCAGCGACCAGAGCUGUUGAGAGCAGGAACAGACGCCCGAUCAGCCUUGGACCGAUCCUCUUCUUACAGCGCUGUCGACGCCAGGGCAGCUGACAGAUUAUCUUUUGCAUCUUCAUCAAUCUAUCAGUCGCCCGUCCAGGCUGGUCCCUCUACCAGCUUUCCCGAAGAGGUCGACGAGGCACGAAACUUGCUGCCUCCUCUGCCCACACCCCAAGACUCGUCCUUCCCCAACUCGCCAUCAGACGACUACGGGUUCAACAAGGUCUCUGCAUCGCUGCCAGUGUCGCCAGCCCAGACUCGUCAUGCAUCCAUCGAGUCAGCGUCUCUGGCAUCCGACUUCGACGAGCUCUCCGUUGACCAGCGGUCCAACCGCCAGCGGUCUACUUCCAUCCCCUCGUGGAUCCAGAGAUGUGACACCUACACCACUUACAACUCCGAGUCGGACUAUCACGACAAUGACGGCGGUGACGGUGACAACGAGGACUUUGACGAGAACGAUGACGAAGGUGACAACGACGACGAGUCCGAAAUCGACAUGCAGGCCUUCUCAAUGCAUUCGACCGCAGAUUCAAAUGACCUGUGGGAGUCCGGAGCUGAGAGCUGUCCUGCCGCUCCUGAGGUGCCCAGCAUCAAGGAACGGCGAUCUUUUCGAAAGAAGAGAGGCCACAAGAAGCUGCAUCUCCAGCUGAGUGGUCUGGGAAGUCCUUUCCUCAACGGCAGUUCGUCAACUUCCGUCAGUUCAGCACCUGCCGCACCUGACUAUGAAAGCAACAACAACAACAACAACAACAACAAUAGCAAUGUGGGUCUGGGAUUCACAAUUUCGCCCAACUCGACCCCUCUUUCGUCUCUCUCGUCAUCCAAGCUCCUCAAGAACUUUGGAUCAACGCUCAAGAGAAAGGUUUCCAACACUCCCAAACCUCCCAAGCGAAGCCAGUCUGCUACCGCAGGCCUGGCCACCGUUCCGGACGUGCCGCCCCAUAGUGAGAGAUCCUCCAUCUCCUACUCCACCGCUCCGUCGGUGUGGGGAGGCCAUGGUGACGACGACAACGACAAGGAGCUGAGCGACUACUUUGACAAGGCAAUGGAGGUGAUUGAAGCCGUCAAGCGAAAGCGAAGCUCGCGGGGCAACAAGCGACAGCAGCAACAGCAACAACAGGGCGUGAAGUCUUCUCAUUCUCCCGACUCGGAUACCCAUGACGACUCUCUCUCAGAGUCUACUCACUCGCAUUUCCGACGACAGUACCGAGGCGACUACUUUGGCAUUGAGGGUGCAGAUGCAUCUUCUUCUAAUCCCACCUCGGUCAUGUCGACUCCUGCUGCUGUUUGCCCCGUCAACUCUACUGCAUCGGCCCCCGGGGCCACCCCCUGCACCCCCUGCACGCCCAACUCAUUGUCAGCUCUCCGAAAGGAGAUCUAUGACGGCGUCCCAACCAACGAGUACGCCGACCUAACUAUCCGAAAGCACCACGCGUCGACCAGCCAGAGCUCCACCGAAGGAGAGGGCACCAUGUCCCCUCGACUGGGCUCAUCCGUAUCUUCUACGCACGACGGAGUUGCCACUGGCGAAGGAGGAAUCCUUCCCUACGAACUGGCUCCCACCGAGGAAGAGUGCUGCAACAUGUCUUCGGACGAAAUGACUUGUCGGAUGAUUGCCUCUCAGGAACUGUUUGAGUCUACUCGAAAGCGCCUGGCUGAGUCUGGAUGGUACGAUCAGAGCCAGAUCGACGAGAUUCAGAAGAACGGCCGUCAGAUUCACGACUCUUGGAGAGCUCUGAUUGACAAGCGGCAAUUGCAGGAAAAGGCGCAGGCGGCUCAGGCCCAGGGACAGCCUCAAAACGAGCUUCAUAAUGUUGCUCGCUAG